AAUAGAGGAAAAAAAAAAAGAAGCUGAGAGGCGCAGCAGGCUGGAGGAUGUUGCAGCAGGCCGGAGGAAUUGUAGCAGGCCGGAGGAAUUGCAGCAGGCCAAGGGAAUUGCAGCAAGCCGGAGGAAUUGCAGCAGGCCAGAGGAUGUUGCAGCAGGUCGGAGGAAUUGCAGCAGGCCGGAGGAAUUGCAACAGGCCGGAGGAUGUUGCAGCAGGCCGGAGGAAUUGCAACAGGCCAGAAGAAUUGCAGCAGGCCAGGGGAAUUGCAGUAGGCCGGAGGAAUUGCAGCAGGCCAGGGGAAUUGCAGCAGGCCAGGGGAAUUGCAGCAGGCCGGAGGAAUUUCAGCAAGCUUGGGGAAUUACAGCAGGCCGGAGGAAUUGCAGCAAGCUGGAGGGAAUUGCAGCAAGCCAAGGGAAUUGCAGCAGGCCGGAGCAAUUGCAGCAGGCCGGAGGAAUUGCAGUAGGCCGAAGGAAUUGUAGCAAGCCACGCGAGGAGAAGGAAGGCAUGCGGUAGGAGAAAUAUUGCAGAAUUUAUAGAGAAAGGGUUGGGAUAUAUAAAUAACUUUCAGCAACAUAA